AUGAUGAGGCGAGCGCUGGAGAUGCUGACGGUGGCCGCCCUCGUGAUGGCUGUGGGCGGCGACGUGGCAGGGGCGCGGCAGCACAAGGGGGACCUGUGGGCGGUGCUGGUGGCGGGGUCGAGCUACUGGAUGAACUACCGCCACCAGGCCGAUGUGUGUCACGCCUACCAGAUCCUCCAUCAACACGGCGUGCCAGACGACCAUAUUAUUGUCAUGAUGACAGACGACAUCGCGUACAACCCUGAAAACCCCGACCCGGGCGUGAUCAUCAACCGACCCGACGGACCCAACGUGUACGAGGGCGUCCCGAAGGACUACACCGGCGGGAGCGUCACGCCCGAGACCUUCCUGAGGGUGCUGAGGGGCGACGCAGAGGGCUUGAGGGGCGUCGGGUCCGGGAAGGUCGUGCGCAGUGGCCCUGAUGACCGCAUCUUCGUGAACCUGGUGGACCACGGCGCCCCCGGCAUCUUCGGCUUCCCCAACUCUUUCCUGAAGGCCACCGAGCUCAGCGAAACCAUCCUCGACAUGCACCGCAACGGGAAGUUCGGGCAGAUGGUGUUGUACGUAGAGGCAUGUGAAUCUGGCUCAAUGUUCUCCAACCUCCUGCCAGACGACCUCGGUGUCUACGCUGUCUCGGCCUCCAGUCCCCACCAGCCAUCCUACGCCUGCUACAUGGACGAGCACCUCCACACCUUCCUCGGAGACGUGUUCAGCAUCAAGUGGAUGGAGGACACGGACAGGGAAGACAUUCGUCGCGAGAGUCUGAAGAAGCAGUUCCAAAUCGUGAGGAAGGAAGUGACGUCAUCCACGGUCAUGCACUGGGGGGAGAUAAGACUCGACCGCCAGCACCUCUCGCAGUUCCUCGGGGGGGAAAAGGUCCCCUCAGGAGUGAAGAGCCAAAAGCGAGGAGAUGACCUUUGCCUGAGCUCGGCGACCCCGAGUUACGACGUCCCCGUGGCCGUCCUCGAGGCCCGCAUCCGGACGUCCUCCAGCCCGCAGGAGACGGAGGCGCUGAAGCAACAGCUAGACAACCUCCACCAGAACCGAACUUUCGUGUCCGCCGUCAUGGCCAGCCUGGUCGUCCACGUGACGGACGCCAACCUAGACAUGGUGGACAAAGUAAUGCACAACUCCCACAGCAUCACCCGCUGGCCCUGCUACACCGCCGCCGUCGACGCCUUCGACGCGGGCUGCUUCCGACUGGCUGAGAACCUGUACGCCCUGCGAGUGCUCCAGCCGGUAGUCAACCUGUGCGAGCAUGGCUACACGGCGGAGGAGUUCGCCCGCGCCGUGGAAGCCGUUUGCACUCACGACCCCGUCACCGGCAUGGCAUGAGACGGAGGAGGACGAGGUGGAGUGUGCCUCUGAGGAUGGCCUCUGAGAUCGACUUGAGACGAGUUCACAGAGGUCCUACAUGAGAGAGAGAGAGAGAGAGAGAGAGAGAGAGAGAGAGAGAGAGAGAGAGAGAGAGAGAGAGAGAGAGAGAGAGAGAGAGAGAGAGAG